UCCAUGCCCAAACCCUAAUUCAAACCGCCCUUUCUCUCCCGCACGUGUUACCACGACCACACAAAUCAUAAAUUCCUCGAUUAAUCUUUGAUUUUUUUUUCAUAUUUUUCAUUUUUCCCGCCCUGAAAAUGCAUGAAGCGGAGCUUGAAGCCCCCAUCAAUGGCGAUCAGGAAGAAUUAGAGCCACCUCCCAAGCGAUCAAAGCCCUCUCAAGAGUCCUCGAUCAAACGAACGGCGGAGAUCAUCCUUGUCCUGGCGUCAAUGGCCCAGAUGAGAGGUGGGCAUUGCCCCUCCUCAGCUGAGGAACGAUUGAUGGAAGAGGCGAGAGAGAAUCUUGUUUCUCUCUGCGAAAUCCUCUCUCCUAAGGAUUUGGUGAGCAGGGAAUUUGUUGGAAACUUGGUGAGAGAUUUAGGGUUGGGUGCUGAUAGGGGGAGAGAUGCGAGAGCUAUGGGCUCGCUUUCGAUUGCAGAGAAGUUUUUAAAUUCGAUGAAGAAGAUAGAGGAUAAUCGAAAGCAAGCAGCUCAAAGACCACCAUCUUCACCACAAGUUCCAGAUGAGGAACCUGCCAUAAUUGCUGCAAACCAAGCUCCACACACUCAUGAUUCCUCACAGGAGAAAACCCAAAGUUUAUCUGCAUUGCUAGAAAAUGUGCCUCCUGAUUAUGGUGCUGUAACGGGCAUAGGAACCCAAAAACUCCAGCAUGAUAAGACUAAACCUCCUGCACAACUUGAUUCAGGCGACCUCCGCACGGUGCAUGAACAACUUCGAGGUUACAAGCCAACAGAACAUUCUGGCACCUUUCCAGACCAUGACAACAUUGCUAAAAAUGUUCUUGCUGUUCUCCAGACAAGGACUUUAAAUCAUAAGAAUCAGGCUUUACCUUCUACAGCAUAUAUGAAUGCUCCUAUAUCUUGCCAACUUUGUAAAAGUGAAACAAAAAAUGUGGAAAGUGUACUUGUUUGUGAUUCUUGUGAGGCUGGAGUGGAUGUGAAAUGCUUCCAAAAUCAAUUAUAUAAUCAAAAGAUAGUUAUUAAAGGUGACUGGCAUUGUCCCAAGUGCCUGCAUUUAAGCAAUGGAAAACCAUUCCCUCCCAAGUAUGGCCGUGUUGGUAAAAGUAGUACUACACAGAAAGAAGCUUUAAAUAGUAGUAGAGUUGAAUCAUCACAGGAAAGGAACACAGGAUACCCUAACUCUAAACGUAAUCAGCCAAAAACUAUUGCUAGUGGGUUGUCUGAUUCAGUGCAACCUGUUCCCAAUCCUUCUUUACCAAAGGGUUACCCAAAUAAACAUCCGGAUGCAGGGAUCAUAGAUACAAAACAGUCUUCAGGUGCAAAUUUCCCUGGAGUGACCAUGGAAAAUAAAGACCCAGAUAAUCAGAAGGAAUGUGUUGAUUCUUUGAAUCAAGCUGUAAAGGAUUUGUGUGGAAAACCUGCUGAAACCGUUGGUGAUCAGAGAAAAAAUGAAGUAUCUCCGGACCAGAUGGAGUAUUCCACUCCAGAAUGUCCAUCCACUGUUAAAGCUGGAUUUGGACUCUCCAAUUCAGGACAAUCUGGAACCAAUCUCCAAUCUAUGAGGCAAUCUCAAGGAUCAAUUAAUUCGCAAGAUGCUGGUAAAUCUGAGUCACCCAUGUUAGAUGAAGCUGUUGGAGACAGGUGUCAGAGCAUGGCAGAUCAGGCAUUGACUGAUUCGAGUGAACCAUCGGGAAGAGUAGAUGCUCCUAAUUCAGAUUUCAGGAGUGGUAGUUUUCAAGAUGGUCAAGAGUCUUCUUCACAAAUGACAUCUGAGAGGUCUUCAGAUCCUGAUGCAGAUGAAACAACAGAUUACAGUUGGCCUCCGGAGCAGGAAUUACAUCCUGUAGAUUGGGUUGGUGAAAAAGUAAAAGUUGCAGAAGGGAGGACAUACUAUCAGUCUUGCUGUAUAAACGGUGUGAUUUACAAGCUCCAAGACUAUGCUUUAUUUCAUCCUGACUAUCCGAAUUUUCCUUCGUACGUUGCCAAGAUACAGACCCUCUGGGAGGACAAUAGAACUGGAGCUAAGUGGGCUCAUGUGAAUUGGUGCUAUUAUCCAGAUGACCUAUCACAGCUUGUUGGACGACCUGCCACCCCUGGGACGGAUGAGGUUUAUGAGUCUAAUUAUGGAGCAAACAAGUUGGUUGGCACCAUUUUGGGCCCAUGCAGUGUUCUGUCAGUAGAAAAGUAUAAGAAAGAAAUUGAAAGAAGAUCAUGUUUAGCAGAUGAGGAAAAUCCAGAAUUGGGUCCAAUUUUUAUUUGCAAGUGGUUUUAUGAUGAACCAAAAGAGCUUUUCCAACCUUUCAGUUGAUGGGAAAUACACGUAAAUUAUUGGAGAUUGAUAUGGAGGUCGUCAAGUAGUCAACCAUUCAGUCGGUUUGUGGUUUAUUAUUCUCAGCAGGUAUUCUAAUUUCUUUUCACUUGUUUAUCUUACCAGUUCUAUCUCUGCUUUCUCCAUAGAUUUUGCUUGGUCUACAAUGUUUAUGAUGCGUUGCCAUUUUGUGAAGGAGCCAUUGGUGAGUUGUCAUUUUGUUUAUGAUGAUUUGCUGGUGGGUGAGGUCAAACUAUAAUUAUCAAGUCAAUGGUGUCUUUUUGUUGUAUCUUCUGAAUUGGUCCCCAUGUUAUUGUUAUAUAAGAUUGUUGGCAGAUAAUGUGAACAUGAUUCAGAGCCAUUCAUUAGAUCUCCUUGUAAGAUUUACAGUUUUCUGUGGUUUUGUGAACAAUAGGUAUUAAAGCAUCUCAUGGAUUCCCAUAGGUCCAUUGUAAGCAUGGAGAUGUAAAAGUUGCUCCAUUAAUGAAGUCAGGUUUCUUUUCUAGGCAUGGUUAGGUGUCAGGCUACUUAUAUAAUGACAACUAUAUUCGUUGCUGUCUGGGGCCCCUGUUCUUGAUGAAACCCAAGUCCAUGCUGUAACUGUUCCUUGUAAACCCAACUGCAACCUAUCAUCAAGCAAUAUUAUUGAGUGAAUGAGAUAUUAUUGUUUUGGAACUUCUCUUGUACUACUUUGCUUUGUUGGCCUUUGUGCUAGUAGAUCUUGAAUCACGUUUUUAUGUAUUUUGGUUAUUAA